AUGGGUUUUGUUAACCUCUUAACUAGUCAGCUAGUUAAUGAGGGUAACUCACCUACUAUCGAUCUAGGAUUAUCAGAACUCCCACAGUUUAGUACACAUGGGUAUGAUGAUCCAGGUCUAGGUGGCAAGAAUCAGGCCGAGAGAAGGAAAUGGUCACUUAAGGAAGAUCUGGUUCUGAUCACUGCCUGGCUGAAUACAAGCAAGGACCCGGUGGUUGGUACGGACAAGAAAACUAUAGCCUUCUGGAAACGCAUCGUCUCCUACUUCAACUCAUCUCCGCAGCUUGUCGGCCAGGCGAGAAGAGAAGUCAGCACUUGCAAACAACGAUACGGGAGGAUAAAUGAUUAUGUUUUUAAGUUCCCUGGUAGUUAUGAAGCCGCUGUGAAAGAGAAGACCAGCGGCCAAAACAUAAACGAUGUCAUGAAAGCUGCUCAUGACAUCUUUUACAACGACUACUUGAUGAAGUUUACCAUUGAGUAUGCAUGGAGGGAGCUACGUUUUGAUACUAAAUGGUGCAAAACAUUAUGUACUAAAGAUUCAGCAAGCACAAAAAGAAGGAAGUUUGAGGAGGGGUCGGCUCAGUCAUCAACCUCGCAAACCGAAUGCAAUGGCGAUGAUGUCUUUGAGGUUCGACCGCCGGGUGUGAAGGCUGCAAAGGCUAAAGCCAAGAGGUAA